UCACGACGAACCUAAUUAUGGUAGCGUGGGGUCUGAAGUUCAAGAACCGAGUACAGCGAUAUUUGACAUACUUUGGGAAUUGAAAAAAUCGUCUAAUUUUUCUUCGGUUAUCAAGGCUAGGCUAUUUGGAAAUUGAUGACUUUGUAAAUGAAAUGAUCGAAAAGGCUUAUACUGUAGUUUAAUGCUGGGAGACUGAAAGAGUAUAUCAGUCACGGAAUCUGGAUCAAGCUACAGCAUUUUUUGCUAUGUGGUGGAAUGGUUGGGAAUCUUUCAUUUGACAUAAGUAAAGAAAAACUUUCUUUGUUUUGAUAUAGAACAAGGUUUCAAAGUCAAGGAUAUAAGUGAUUCUGAAAGAGUUUUUUCAUCACAAUUGAUAUUUUCUUGAAUCCUGUAAGACGUUUUGACCGGUUUUCUUCGUUUAUUUGUGAGAGUAAAUAUGUCUUUAAUGUGUAGAAUACCCUCGGGGGAAAAAUCAUGAAUUGGCGCUUUAGAGUCUACAGAACAUAAAAGAAAGAACACCCUGGAAAUCGGCUUUCUUUCGCGAAUCUGCAAACCUGUCAGCGAGUUUUGACCCGAAACGGAGAUUUCUAUGAAAAUCACUGAACUCAACCAAAUAAUCACGCUAACCACUCCAUAAGAACAACUAACUACCUUGCAAAUUGCCGCUAAGUUUAAUUCUUUCCAUUAUUGAUAAUGUUUACCACAUUCGAAGCAAAGAGAGAACACUUACGUAAGAAGCUGGUUUUCUUUCGCAAACCUACAGCCCCUUCGACGAGUUUUGAACCGAAACGGAGAUGUCUUUGAAAAUCGCUGAACCCUAAAUCUUCGCCCAAUAGUUGUAGAUCACAUUGUCAUCAACAGAGAGCUGUAGUGGAUAUGCAUACAUUUUAGAUACAUUAUCGCGCAAACUGCCUGCUCCCCGCAAACUCUGACAGUCCGAUAAAGAGGUAAGUUUCGUCUUCAUUUUCAUUCUACUCGAGUGUGUCGAGUGUGGUCGUGUACUUAUUUUCGCUGAAAUAACAUAGUGAUUACGUGCAAUAUGAAGUUUAGCAUAUAUUCUAUUCUGUGCGGUUUGUUAUGCGCUUAUUUCCAGGAGGUGGCCUGUAGUCUCCUGAGCUUUCGAUGUUAGGACUGUAAUAAUAUUCUUUUAGUGAGAAUUCACUCUCUCGGCGUAUAACCAACACUGGUACAGUUUAUUAAAUAUGUAGCUGCUUGUAAACUAAACGUUUCGGGCUUGGCCCUUCUUUAGUAGGUGGUACAGUUUGCUUUGCUAAUGUCUCGGGGAUGCGUUGGUCCUGAGAUACAAGAAGCGGGUAAAGCGACAUUUUGGAAGUUAUCGUCUAAUUCUACCUCAGUUAUCAACCCUAGGCUAUUUGGAUAUUGAUGACUUUGUAACAGAAAUAAUUCCCUUACAAAGAAUUCGCUCUCUCGGCGUGUUACGAGCACUGGAACAGUUUGGUUAGCUAAUAUUCUGGCAUAGUUAUUCUGGAUGUUCAGCUACAGUAUGCAGUAAUUAUUUAUACGAUAGAUUUAGUCCUGUGGUCUUAUCUUGAUCGUGUCCAGUCAAACCUCACGACGAACCUAAUUAUGGUAGCGUGGGGUCUGAAGUUCAAGAACCGAGUACAGCGAUAUUUGACAUACUUUGGGAAUUGAAAAAAUCGUCUAAUUUUUCUUCGGUUAUCAAGGCUAGGCUAUUUGGAAAUUGAUGACUUUGUAAAUGAAAUGAUCGAAAAGGCUUAUACUGUAGUUUAAUGCUGGGAGACUGAAAGAGUAUAUCAGUCACGGAAUCUGGAUCAAGCUACAGCAUUUUUUGCUAUGUGGUGGAAUGGUUGGGAAUCUUUCAUUUGACAUAAGUAAAGAAAAACUUUCUUUGUUUUGAUAUAGAACAAGGUUUCAAAGUCAAGGAUAUAAGUGAUUCUGAAAGAGUUUUUUCAUCACAAUUGAUAUUUUCUUGAAUCCUGUAAGACGUUUUGACCGGUUUUCUUCGUUUAUUUGUGAGAGUAAAUAUGUCUUUAAUGUGUAGAAUACCCUCGGGGGAAAAAUCAUGAAUUGGCGCUUUAGAGUCUACAGAACAUAAAAGAAAGAACACCCUGGAAAUCGGCUUUCUUUCGCGAAUCUGCAAACCUGUCAGCGAGUUUUGACCCGAAACGGAGAUUUCUAUGAAAAUCACUGAACUCAACCAAAUAAUCACGCUAACCACUCCAUAAGAACAACUAACUACCUUGCAAAUUGCCGCUAAGUUUAAUUCUUUCCAUUAUUGAUAAUGUUUACCACAUUCGAAGCAAAGAGAGAACACUUACGUAAGAAGCUGGUUUUCUUUCGCAAACCUACAGCCCCUUCGACGAGUUUUGAACCGAAACGGAGAUGUCUUUGAAAAUCGCUGAACCCUAAAUCUUCGCCCAAUAGUUGUAGAUCACAUUGUCAUCAACAGAGAGCUGUAGUGGAUAUGCAUACAUUUUAGAUACAUUAUCGCGCAAACUGCCUGCUCCCCGCAAACUCUGACAGUCCGAUAAAGAGGUAAGUUUCGUCUUCAUUUUCAUUCUACUCGAGUGUGUCGAGUGUGGUCGUGUACUUAUUUUCGCUGAAAUAACAUAGUGAUUACGUGCAAUAUGAAGUUUAGCAUAUAUUCUAUUCUGUGCGGUUUGUUAUGCGCUUAUUUCCAGGAGGUGGCCUGUAGUCUCCUGAGCUUUCGAUGUUAGGACUGUAAUAAUAUUCUUUUAGUGAGAAUUCACUCUCUCGGCGUAUAACCAACACUGGUACAGUUUAUUAAAUAUGUAGCUGCUUGUAAACUAAACGUUUCGGGCUUGGCCCUUCUUUAGUAGGUGGUACAGUUUGCUUUGCUAAUGUCUCGGGGAUGCGUUGGUCCUGAGAUACAAGAAGCGGGUAAAGCGACAUUUUGGAAGUUAUCGUCUAAUUCUACCUCAGUUAUCAACCCUAGGCUAUUUGGAUAUUGAUGACUUUGUAACAGAAAUAAUUCCCUUACAAAGAAUUCGCUCUCUCGGCGUGUUACGAGCACUGGAACAGUUUGGUUAGCUAAUAUUCUGGCAUAGUUAUUCUGGAUGUUCAGCUACAGUAUGCAGUAAUUAUUUAUACGAUAGAUUUAGUCCUGUGGUCUUAUCUUGAUCGUGUCCAGUCAAACCUCACGACGAACCUAAUUAUGGUAGCGUGGGGUCUGAAGUUCAAGAACCGAGUACAGCGAUAUUUGACAUACUUUGGGAAUUGAAAAAAUCGUCUAAUUUUUCUUCGGUUAUCAAGGCUAGGCUAUUUGGAAAUUGAUGACUUUGUAAAUGAAAUGAUCGAAAAGGCUUAUACUGUAGUUUAAUGCUGGGAGACUGAAAGAGUAUAUCAGUCACGGAAUCUGGAUCAAGCUACAGCAUUUUUUGCUAUGUGGUGGAAUGGUUGGGAAUCUUUCAUUUGACAUAAGUAAAGAAAAACUUUCUUUGUUUUGAUAUAGAACAAGGUUUCAAAGUCAAGGAUAUAAGUGAUUCUGAAAGAGUUUUUUCAUCACAAUUGAUAUUUUCUUGAAUCCUGUAAGACGUUUUGACCGGUUUUCUUCGUUUAUUUGUGAGAGUAAAUAUGUCUUUAAUGUGUAGAAUACCCUCGGGGGAAAAAUCAUGAAUUGGCGCUUUAGAGUCUACAGAACAUAAAAGAAAGAACACCCUGGAAAUCGGCUUUCUUUCGCGAAUCUGCAAACCUGUCAGCGAGUUUUGACCCGAAACGGAGAUUUCUAUGAAAAUCACUGAACUCAACCAAAUAAUCACGCUAACCACUCCAUAAGAACAACUAACUACCUUGCAAAUUGCCGCUAAGUUUAAUUCUUUCCAUUAUUGAUAAUGUUUACCACAUUCGAAGCAAAGAGAGAACACUUACGUAAGAAGCUGGUUUUCUUUCGCAAACCUACAGCCCCUUCGACGAGUUUUGAACCGAAACGGAGAUGUCUUUGAAAAUCGCUGAACCCUAAAUCUUCGCCCAAUAGUUGUAGAUCACAUUGUCAUCAACAGAGAGCUGUAGUGGAUAUGCAUACAUUUUAGAUACAUUAUCGCGCAAACUGCCUGCUCCCCGCAAACUCUGACAGUCCGAUAAAGAGGUAAGUUUCGUCUUCAUUUUCAUUCUACUCGAGUGUGUCGAGUGUGGUCGUGUACUUAUUUUCGCUGAAAUAACAUAGUGAUUACGUGCAAUAUGAAGUUUAGCAUAUAUUCUAUUCUGUGCGGUUUGUUAUGCGCUUAUUUCCAGGAGGUGGCCUGUAGUCUCCUGAGCUUUCGAUGUUAGGACUGUAAUAAUAUUCUUUUAGUGAGAAUUCACUCUCUCGGCGUAUAACCAACACUGGUACAGUUUAUUAAAUAUGUAGCUGCUUGUAAACUAAACGUUUCGGGCUUGGCCCUUCUUUAGUAGGUGGUACAGUUUGCUUUGCUAAUGUCUCGGGGAUGCGUUGGUCCUGAGAUACAAGAAGCGGGUAAAGCGACAUUUUGGAAGUUAUCGUCUAAUUCUACCUCAGUUAUCAACCCUAGGCUAUUUGGAUAUUGAUGACUUUGUAACAGAAAUAAUUCCCUUACAAAGAAUUCGCUCUCUCGGCGUGUUACGAGCACUGGAACAGUUUGGUUAGCUAAUAUUCUGGCAUAGUUAUUCUGGAUGUUCAGCUACAGUAUGCAGUAAUUAUUUAUACGAUAGAUUUAGUCCUGUGGUCUUAUCUUGAUCGUGUCCAGUCAAACCUCACGACGAACCUAAUUAUGGUAGCGUGGGGUCUGAAGUUCAAGAACCGAGUACAGCGAUAUUUGACAUACUUUGGGAAUUGAAAAAAUCGUCUAAUUUUUCUUCGGUUAUCAAGGCUAGGCUAUUUGGAAAUUGAUGACUUUGUAAAUGAAAUGAUCGAAAAGGCUUAUACUGUAGUUUAAUGCUGGGAGACUGAAAGAGUAUAUCAGUCACGGAAUCUGGAUCAAGCUACAGCAUUUUUUGCUAUGUGGUGGAAUGGUUGGGAAUCUUUCAUUUGACAUAAGUAAAGAAAAACUUUCUUUGUUUUGAUAUAGAACAAGGUUUCAAAGUCAAGGAUAUAAGUGAUUCUGAAAGAGUUUUUUCAUCACAAUUGAUAUUUUCUUGAAUCCUGUAAGACGUUUUGACCGGUUUUCUUCGUUUAUUUGUGAGAGUAAAUAUGUCUUUAAUGUGUAGAAUACCCUCGGGGGAAAAAUCAUGAAUUGGCGCUUUAGAGUCUACAGAACAUAAAAGAAAGAACACCCUGGAAAUCGGCUUUCUUUCGCGAAUCUGCAAACCUGUCAGCGAGUUUUGACCCGAAACGGAGAUUUCUAUGAAAAUCACUGAACUCAACCAAAUAAUCACGCUAACCACUCCAUAAGAACAACUAACUACCUUGCAAAUUGCCGCUAAGUUUAAUUCUUUCCAUUAUUGAUAAUGUUUACCACAUUCGAAGCAAAGAGAGAACACUUACGUAAGAAGCUGGUUUUCUUUCGCAAACCUACAGCCCCUUCGACGAGUUUUGAACCGAAACGGAGAUGUCUUUGAAAAUCGCUGAACCCUAAAUCUUCGCCCAAUAGUUGUAGAUCACAUUGUCAUCAACAGAGAGCUGUAGUGGAUAUGCAUACAUUUUAGAUACAUUAUCGCGCAAACUGCCUGCUCCCCGCAAACUCUGACAGUCCGAUAAAGAGGUAAGUUUCGUCUUCAUUUUCAUUCUACUCGAGUGUGUCGAGUGUGGUCGUGUACUUAUUUUCGCUGAAAUAACAUAGUGAUUACGUGCAAUAUGAAGUUUAGCAUAUAUUCUAUUCUGUGCGGUUUGUUAUGCGCUUAUUUCCAGGAGGUGGCCUGUAGUCUCCUGAGCUUUCGAUGUUAGGACUGUAAUAAUAUUCUUUUAGUGAGAAUUCACUCUCUCGGCGUAUAACCAACACUGGUACAGUUUAUUAAAUAUGUAGCUGCUUGUAAACUAAACGUUUCGGGCUUGGCCCUUCUUUAGUAGGUGGUACAGUUUGCUUUGCUAAUGUCUCGGGGAUGCGUUGGUCCUGAGAUACAAGAAGCGGGUAAAGCGACAUUUUGGAAGUUAUCGUCUAAUUCUACCUCAGUUAUCAACCCUAGGCUAUUUGGAUAUUGAUGACUUUGUAACAGAAAUAAUUCCCUUACAAAGAAUUCGCUCUCUCGGCGUGUUACGAGCACUGGAACAGUUUGGUUAGCUAAUAUUCUGGCAUAGUUAUUCUGGAUGUUCAGCUACAGUAUGCAGUAAUUAUUUAUACGAUAGAUUUAGUCCUGUGGUCUUAUCUUGAUCGUGUCCAGUCAAACCUCACGACGAACCUAAUUAUGGUAGCGUGGGGUCUGAAGUUCAAGAACCGAGUACAGCGAUAUUUGACAUACUUUGGGAAUUGAAAAAAUCGUCUAAUUUUUCUUCGGUUAUCAAGGCUAGGCUAUUUGGAAAUUGAUGACUUUGUAAAUGAAAUGAUCGAAAAGGCUUAUACUGUAGUUUAAUGCUGGGAGACUGAAAGAGUAUAUCAGUCACGGAAUCUGGAUCAAGCUACAGCAUUUUUUGCUAUGUGGUGGAAUGGUUGGGAAUCUUUCAUUUGACAUAAGUAAAGAAAAACUUUCUUUGUUUUGAUAUAGAACAAGGUUUCAAAGUCAAGGAUAUAAGUGAUUCUGAAAGAGUUUUUUCAUCACAAUUGAUAUUUUCUUGAAUCCUGUAAGACGUUUUGACCGGUUUUCUUCGUUUAUUUGUGAGAGUAAAUAUGUCUUUAAUGUGUAGAAUACCCUCGGGGGAAAAAUCAUGAAUUGGCGCUUUAGAGUCUACAGAACAUAAAAGAAAGAACACCCUGGAAAUCGGCUUUCUUUCGCGAAUCUGCAAACCUGUCAGCGAGUUUUGACCCGAAACGGAGAUUUCUAUGAAAAUCACUGAACUCAACCAAAUAAUCACGCUAACCACUCCAUAAGAACAACUAACUACCUUGCAAAUUGCCGCUAAGUUUAAUUCUUUCCAUUAUUGAUAAUGUUUACCACAUUCGAAGCAAAGAGAGAACACUUACGUAAGAAGCUGGUUUUCUUUCGCAAACCUACAGCCCCUUCGACGAGUUUUGAACCGAAACGGAGAUGUCUUUGAAAAUCGCUGAACCCUAAAUCUUCGCCCAAUAGUUGUAGAUCACAUUGUCAUCAACAGAGAGCUGUAGUGGAUAUGCAUACAUUUUAGAUACAUUAUCGCGCAAACUGCCUGCUCCCCGCAAACUCUGACAGUCCGAUAAAGAGGUAAGUUUCGUCUUCAUUUUCAUUCUACUCGAGUGUGUCGAGUGUGGUCGUGUACUUAUUUUCGCUGAAAUAACAUAGUGAUUACGUGCAAUAUGAAGUUUAGCAUAUAUUCUAUUCUGUGCGGUUUGUUAUGCGCUUAUUUCCAGGAGGUGGCCUGUAGUCUCCUGAGCUUUCGAUGUUAGGACUGUAAUAAUAUUCUUUUAGUGAGAAUUCACUCUCUCGGCGUAUAACCAACACUGGUACAGUUUAUUAAAUAUGUAGCUGCUUGUAAACUAAACGUUUCGGGCUUGGCCCUUCUUUAGUAGGUGGUACAGUUUGCUUUGCUAAUGUCUCGGGGAUGCGUUGGUCCUGAGAUACAAGAAGCGGGUAAAGCGACAUUUUGGAAGUUAUCGUCUAAUUCUACCUCAGUUAUCAACCCUAGGCUAUUUGGAUAUUGAUGACUUUGUAACAGAAAUAAUUCCCUUACAAAGAAUUCGCUCUCUCGGCGUGUUACGAGCACUGGAACAGUUUGGUUAGCUAAUAUUCUGGCAUAGUUAUUCUGGAUGUUCAGCUACAGUAUGCAGUAAUUAUUUAUACGAUAGAUUUAGUCCUGUGGUCUUAUCUUGAUCGUGUCCAGUCAAACCUCACGACGAACCUAAUUAUGGUAGCGUGGGGUCUGAAGUUCAAGAACCGAGUACAGCGAUAUUUGACAUACUUUGGGAAUUGAAAAAAUCGUCUAAUUUUUCUUCGGUUAUCAAGGCUAGGCUAUUUGGAAAUUGAUGACUUUGUAAAUGAAAUGAUCGAAAAGGCUUAUACUGUAGUUUAAUGCUGGGAGACUGAAAGAGUAUAUCAGUCACGGAAUCUGGAUCAAGCUACAGCAUUUUUUGCUAUGUGGUGGAAUGGUUGGGAAUCUUUCAUUUGACAUAAGUAAAGAAAAACUUUCUUUGUUUUGAUAUAGAACAAGGUUUCAAAGUCAAGGAUAUAAGUGAUUCUGAAAGAGUUUUUUCAUCACAAUUGAUAUUUUCUUGAAUCCUGUAAGACGUUUUGACCGGUUUUCUUCGUUUAUUUGUGAGAGUAAAUAUGUCUUUAAUGUGUAGAAUACCCUCGGGGGAAAAAUCAUGAAUUGGCGCUUUAGAGUCUACAGAACAUAAAAGAAAGAACACCCUGGAAAUCGGCUUUCUUUCGCGAAUCUGCAAACCUGUCAGCGAGUUUUGACCCGAAACGGAGAUUUCUAUGAAAAUCACUGAACUCAACCAAAUAAUCACGCUAACCACUCCAUAAGAACAACUAACUACCUUGCAAAUUGCCGCUAAGUUUAAUUCUUUCCAUUAUUGAUAAUGUUUACCACAUUCGAAGCAAAGAGAGAACACUUACGUAAGAAGCUGGUUUUCUUUCGCAAACCUACAGCCCCUUCGACGAGUUUUGAACCGAAACGGAGAUGUCUUUGAAAAUCGCUGAACCCUAAAUCUUCGCCCAAUAGUUGUAGAUCACAUUGUCAUCAACAGAGAGCUGUAGUGGAUAUGCAUACAUUUUAGAUACAUUAUCGCGCAAACUGCCUGCUCCCCGCAAACUCUGACAGUCCGAUAAAGAGGUAAGUUUCGUCUUCAUUUUCAUUCUACUCGAGUGUGUCGAGUGUGGUCGUGUACUUAUUUUCGCUGAAAUAACAUAGUGAUUACGUGCAAUAUGAAGUUUAGCAUAUAUUCUAUUCUGUGCGGUUUGUUAUGCGCUUAUUUCCAGGAGGUGGCCUGUAGUCUCCUGAGCUUUCGAUGUUAGGACUGUAAUAAUAUUCUUUUAGUGAGAAUUCACUCUCUCGGCGUAUAACCAACACUGGUACAGUUUAUUAAAUAUGUAGCUGCUUGUAAACUAAACGUUUCGGGCUUGGCCCUUCUUUAGUAGGUGGUACAGUUUGCUUUGCUAAUGUCUCGGGGAUGCGUUGGUCCUGAGAUACAAGAAGCGGGUAAAGCGACAUUUUGGAAGUUAUCGUCUAAUUCUACCUCAGUUAUCAACCCUAGGCUAUUUGGAUAUUGAUGACUUUGUAACAGAAAUAAUUCCCUUACAAAGAAUUCGCUCUCUCGGCGUGUUACGAGCACUGGAACAGUUUGGUUAGCUAAUAUUCUGGCAUAGUUAUUCUGGAUGUUCAGCUACAGUAUGCAGUAAUUAUUUAUACGAUAGAUUUAGUCCUGUGGUCUUAUCUUGAUCGUGUCCAGUCAAACCUCACGACGAACCUAAUUAUGGUAGCGUGGGGUCUGAAGUUCAAGAACCGAGUACAGCGAUAUUUGACAUACUUUGGGAAUUGAAAAAAUCGUCUAAUUUUUCUUCGGUUAUCAAGGCUAGGCUAUUUGGAAAUUGAUGACUUUGUAAAUGAAAUGAUCGAAAAGGCUUAUACUGUAGUUUAAUGCUGGGAGACUGAAAGAGUAUAUCAGUCACGGAAUCUGGAUCAAGCUACAGCAUUUUUUGCUAUGUGGUGGAAUGGUUGGGAAUCUUUCAUUUGACAUAAGUAAAGAAAAACUUUCUUUGUUUUGAUAUAGAACAAGGUUUCAAAGUCAAGGAUAUAAGUGAUUCUGAAAGAGUUUUUUCAUCACAAUUGAUAUUUUCUUGAAUCCUGUAAGACGUUUUGACCGGUUUUCUUCGUUUAUUUGUGAGAGUAAAUAUGUCUUUAAUGUGUAGAAUACCCUCGGGGGAAAAAUCAUGAAUUGGCGCUUUAGAGUCUACAGAACAUAAAAGAAAGAACACCCUGGAAAUCGGCUUUCUUUCGCGAAUCUGCAAACCUGUCAGCGAGUUUUGACCCGAAACGGAGAUUUCUAUGAAAAUCACUGAACUCAACCAAAUAAUCACGCUAACCACUCCAUAAGAACAACUAACUACCUUGCAAAUUGCCGCUAAGUUUAAUUCUUUCCAUUAUUGAUAAUGUUUACCACAUUCGAAGCAAAGAGAGAACACUUACGUAAGAAGCUGGUUUUCUUUCGCAAACCUACAGCCCCUUCGACGAGUUUUGAACCGAAACGGAGAUGUCUUUGAAAAUCGCUGAACCCUAAAUCUUCGCCCAAUAGUUGUAGAUCACAUUGUCAUCAACAGAGAGCUGUAGUGGAUAUGCAUACAUUUUAGAUACAUUAUCGCGCAAACUGCCUGCUCCCCGCAAACUCUGACAGUCCGAUAAAGAGGUAAGUUUCGUCUUCAUUUUCAUUCUACUCGAGUGUGUCGAGUGUGGUCGUGUACUUAUUUUCGCUGAAAUAACAUAGUGAUUACGUGCAAUAUGAAGUUUAGCAUAUAUUCUAUUCUGUGCGGUUUGUUAUGCGCUUAUUUCCAGGAGGUGGCCUGUAGUCUCCUGAGCUUUCGAUGUUAGGACUGUAAUAAUAUUCUUUUAGUGAGAAUUCACUCUCUCGGCGUAUAACCAACACUGGUACAGUUUAUUAAAUAUGUAGCUGCUUGUAAACUAAACGUUUCGGGCUUGGCCCUUCUUUAGUAGGUGGUACAGUUUGCUUUGCUAAUGUCUCGGGGAUGCGUUGGUCCUGAGAUACAAGAAGCGGGUAAAGCGACAUUUUGGAAGUUAUCGUCUAAUUCUACCUCAGUUAUCAACCCUAGGCUAUUUGGAUAUUGAUGACUUUGUAACAGAAAUAAUUCCCUUACAAAGAAUUCGCUCUCUCGGCGUGUUACGAGCACUGGAACAGUUUGGUUAGCUAAUAUUCUGGCAUAGUUAUUCUGGAUGUUCAGCUACAGUAUGCAGUAAUUAUUUAUACGAUAGAUUUAGUCCUGUGGUCUUAUCUUGAUCGUGUCCAGUCAAACCUCACGACGAACCUAAUUAUGGUAGCGUGGGGUCUGAAGUUCAAGAACCGAGUACAGCGAUAUUUGACAUACUUUGGGAAUUGAAAAAAUCGUCUAAUUUUUCUUCGGUUAUCAAGGCUAGGCUAUUUGGAAAUUGAUGACUUUGUAAAUGAAAUGAUCGAAAAGGCUUAUACUGUAGUUUAAUGCUGGGAGACUGAAAGAGUAUAUCAGUCACGGAAUCUGGAUCAAGCUACAGCAUUUUUUGCUAUGUGGUGGAAUGGUUGGGAAUCUUUCAUUUGACAUAAGUAAAGAAAAACUUUCUUUGUUUUGAUAUAGAACAAGGUUUCAAAGUCAAGGAUAUAAGUGAUUCUGAAAGAGUUUUUUCAUCACAAUUGAUAUUUUCUUGAAUCCUGUAAGACGUUUUGACCGGUUUUCUUCGUUUAUUUGUGAGAGUAAAUAUGUCUUUAAUGUGUAGAAUACCCUCGGGGGAAAAAUCAUGAAUUGGCGCUUUAGAGUCUACAGAACAUAAAAGAAAGAACACCCUGGAAAUCGGCUUUCUUUCGCGAAUCUGCAAACCUGUCAGCGAGUUUUGACCCGAAACGGAGAUUUCUAUGAAAAUCACUGAACUCAACCAAAUAAUCACGCUAACCACUCCAUAAGAACAACUAACUACCUUGCAAAUUGCCGCUAAGUUUAAUUCUUUCCAUUAUUGAUAAUGUUUACCACAUUCGAAGCAAAGAGAGAACACUUACGUAAGAAGCUGGUUUUCUUUCGCAAACCUACAGCCCCUUCGACGAGUUUUGAACCGAAACGGAGAUGUCUUUGAAAAUCGCUGAACCCUAAAUCUUCGCCCAAUAGUUGUAGAUCACAUUGUCAUCAACAGAGAGCUGUAGUGGAUAUGCAUACAUUUUAGAUACAUUAUCGCGCAAACUGCCUGCUCCCCGCAAACUCUGACAGUCCGAUAAAGAGCAAGAUGUGGUUUGUGUUGGCCAUUCAACUUAUCAGUGUGCUGCUGAGGUUCCAGCCUGUCACGAGCUACAGUUGUGAGCAGGCUGACUGGGGAGCUAGCCUGGACAGGAUAGGAUGGUCCAAGUGUCCCAAAGAUAACACAUAUCUCAGAGGAUUAUGGAGGAGCGAACGAAGUUAUGGAGAUGAAAGAGUUGGGCGCAUCGAAUAUGGAAAAUGCUGCUCAGCAACGGAACCCGGUUAUGCCAAUCAGCCUGCAACCUGCUCAAAUGCAAACUGGCAACCUACAUUGGAUGGUUACAAUGUCUGGGCGCUGUGUCCAACUGGUUACUACUUAAACGGCCUGGAAUUGGACAGGGGACCACCUGCAUUCUUACAGGACAUUGACGAGGGACAAUGCUGCCAUCCCCAGAAUCACCCCAACAGUUAUGAACACUGUUACGAUGAAAAUGUGACCUAUUCGUUCGAACAGAAGGGUUGGAGUGAAUGCAAACAGGAGGGCUAUUACAUGACUGGCUUUUACAAAAGCAGCUGCAAUAACCUUCACUGCAUUGAAAAGUUCAAAUGCUGCAAGAUGAAGAAAGCUAUUGUUAAUGGUGGAUGGAGUAACUGGGGGGCAUUUGGAGAAUGCAGUGUUACCUGUGGAGAUGGAACAAGAGAACGCUCGCGUACCUGCACCAAUCCCCCUCCGUCUGGUGGUGGAGCCGAUUGUACAGGACCCAGCACAGAUACAGAAGCUUGUAACAAUGGACCAUGCGCUGUUGAUGGAGGUUGGAGUAGCUUUGGAUACUGGAGCUGGUGCAGUGCAAAAUGUGGGGGCGGCAUUAGGCAGCGCAGGAGAACUUGUACCAAUCCCCCUCCGUCAAAUGGAGGCAAGUGUUGUACUGGAGACAACCUGGAGGUAGAACUCUGCAAUACUAAGCCCUGUGGUAGAAAAGUGGAUGGUAAAUGGAGUCGCUGGUCGGCGUUCAGUAAGUGUAACAAGACCUGUGGUCAAGGGAAGAAAACUCGAAACCGUACCUGCACCAAUCCCCCACCCUCAGGAGGCGGGAAGAAAUGUAAGGGGAAAUACAAAGAUACCAAGAAAUGUAACCUUAGAAAAUGCCGAGGCCGAAAUGGAUACGGGAAGUAGAGGCACUGAAAGAUCAACAAGACGGCCUGGCAACAAUUUGGCGAACCACACCAGUUUCAAGGGUUUAAUGUUAAGGUUGUUUAAUCACGGGGAAAAGUAGAGCGUAGGAAUUUUAUUUGAGGGGGAUAUGUUUAACUUACGGUACAUCCUAUUAAUGGUUUUCAAGGCUACACGUCAAUAAAUAAUUGACGUUACUGAUUUAUCGGUUUUGCUUUUUACUGUUCAGUGUUAGGAAAAAUAAAGCUGUUUAAAAUUUCA